UCCAGUGGUUGAGCCCUGGGGCCCGAGCACAACCUCUGCACAGCCGUGGCCGGGGGUGCGAAGUUUCGCUUCGCCUGACGCGGCCGCCGGCGCCGGGAGCACUUGGGCCAUCUCGCGUCUACGGGGCAGAGAGGACCGCGGCAAGAACAAAACAAAGCCGGAGAGAAUAUUUUGGCGGCGUUUAAUUGGUUCGUUUCCUGGCCGUCGUCUUCUCGAGGGUGCGUGUUGUGUGUAACGCUGUCUUUUUCUGCCAGACGCGCCUCGCCGUCUCGAUGCCUCGUGUGACCGUGGGGUGUCUUCGUCAUCGAAUCAGGAUUCUACCGUCUCACUGACGUCGUUUACGGGACUGCUGUCGUCGUCGUCGGCUGAGUGACUUGUGCGUUAGUGGUUCGAAAAAACCUCUGCCUUAUAGCUUCCUAUCUAUAUACUGUUUUUGUUUUCUUCACCUUUCGCUCGCUUGACAAAUCAUCCGUGACGUUAGCGUUUUCUCACAUUGGCUGAGUCAUUUUGGUGUUGAGAAAAAAAAGGGGACACCGUACUCUUCCAAAGUACAUCCCACCCUCCGCUGCUUCGUCCAAGUUGCAUUGACAAAACAACGCCGUGGUUGGCCCCAGAGAUUCGCGCAACACCAAGAAGGUCAAAGCUUCAACCCUCUUGAAGGAACGGAGCGGGAAAACGCUGGACGUUUCUGCAAGCCUACAAAACUGACAUCUAUUCGAGAUGACGUGGGCCCGGUCGUCGAUGGCCAAGAGGCCACGCGCCCUCGGUCCGGGCCCCGCGAGGGCCAACGCGCUGCGCUGCAGCGGGCGUCCCACCUCUGCCUGACUGUCGGCCGCGAAGCCCCGGCCAUGGGCGCCCACUCCUCCUCCCACCAGCAACGAACCCCGCUGCUGGGUUCCCGCUGCGCGCGCCGGCGCCGCUGGCGGGACCCGCGGCUCGUCUUCCUAUCGGCCAUCCUCGUCUUCGGAGGCCUCAGCUACCUACAGACCCCGCCGCCUUUGACCGGCUGCGGCACAGAAGGACCACGGCAUGGCCAAGGCUUGGAGCACAUGGGCCGGCUGUCGUGGAGCUCUCGGUCCCUGCUGAACAGCCCCAAAACCAACGAGAGCGAAAACAACGAAACGGUGAAACGGGCCCAGUUUCCCGAGGACCUGUUCUCCGAGGAGCAGCGGAAGCGGGGCGCCGUCAUCCUGCACGUGAUGGGCAUGGUGUACAUGUUCGUGGCGCUGGCCAUCGUGUGCGACGAGUUCUUCAUACCGGCGCUGGACGUGAUCACCGUCAAGCUGGACAUCUCCGAGGACGUGGCCGGCGCCACGUUCAUGGCCGCCGGCGGCUCGGCGCCCGAGCUCUUCACGAGCGUGAUCGGAGUGUUCAUCUCGUUCGACGACGUCGGCAUCGGCACCAUCGUGGGCUCGGCCGUGUUCAACAUCCUGUUCGUCAUUUCAAUGUGCGCCAUCUUCUCCAAGUCGGUGCUCCAGCUCACCUGGUGGCCGCUGUUCCGAGACGUGAGCUUCUACUCGGUCAUCCUGAUCAUCCUGAUGCACUUCUUCCGCGACAGCAUCAUCUACUGGUGGGAGGCCCUGGUGCUGCUCCUCUGCUACGCCUCCUACGUGACCUUCAUGAAGUUCAACGAAGGGGUGGAGAAGAUGCUCAAGAAGCUCCUCAAUCGCAACAAGGUGACGCGUGUGGGCAGCACGGAUCACCUCAUGCCGCAUGCGGUCAAGAGGAAGCAGUCGGCGGCGUCGGAGCUUCGCGCCCUGCGGCGGAUGCAGUCGGUGGUGCUGGAGGGCACGGCGCCGGCGUCGGGCGAGGACGGCCAGGCGCUGCCGCCGCUCUCCGCUGCCGUGGCGACCGGGGAAGGGCCCUUAGCGCCCCCGGCGCCAGACAGCGCGCUAGAGCCAGACAACGGCGUCGAGGACGACGACAGUGUGUAUCAGCCCCCGUCCCCCCCACCGAUGGCGAGGAGGAGAAUGAGCGCUCCCAUCCUCCACUCUGGCAGCAAGUUCCGGCACGGACUACUCCAGCUCCUCAUUCACUCCAUUGACCCCCUGCACGAGCACGAAGGGGAAGCCAACGCCAAGCUGGACGAGAAGGCGUCCCAGCUGCACACUAUCGCGUCCCUGCGCGUGUUGCUGGACGCGACCAAGCCCGGCGGAGAGGGCCAGUCCUCUUCGGGCGUGGCCAACGGUGGUCCCCCCCCGGCCCCCCUCGGGGGCUGCCCUCGGGGGGGAACCCAGGAUGGCAGCAGCGGCUCCGCCGAGACCCGCCUCACCAGCCUCAGCAACAGCGAUGCCCUCGUGCGCGUCGACUCCGUCUCCAACCUACAGAGCGACUCGUCCAUAACGUCCAACCUGAGCGAGAAGAUGGCGGCGGCGAGCGGAGGCGGCGUCGCCAUACUGCACCAGCGGCCAGCACCGAUCCAGGAGUCCAUCGAAUCGCCCAGCCUGCCGGCCACGGGUGACGCCAUCGCCUCCGCGCUCCCAGACUCUGGAUACAACAGCGCCACAGCAGCGCAGGCCGUGCAGGCGGCCAAGGAGCUUCCUCCGGACACGAUCGAGGAGACCAACGAACCCCUGAGUGUCGCCUGGCCGGACACGUGGCGCGAACGGUUCAACUACGUCGUCUUGGCGCCCAUCAUCUUCCCUCUCUGGCUCACCAUGCCCGACGUACGCAGGCCGGAGAAAGUGAAGUUUGUGGCCGGUUCCUUCCUGGGCAGCAUCGCGUGGAUCGCCAUCUUUUCCUACCUCAUGGUUUGGUGGGCCACCGUGGUCGGCGAAACGCUAGGCAUCCCCACCGAGGUGAUGGGCCUGACCUUCCUGGCGGCGGGCACCAGCAUUCCGGACCUCAUCACGAGCGUCCUGGUUGCCCGCAAGGGCUUCGGAGACAUGGCCGUGUCCAGUUCCGUCGGAAGCAACAUCUUCGACGUGGCCGUUGGGCUGCCGCUGCCCUGGCUGCUGUCGUGCAUGAUCUACGGGCCGGUGAAAGUGAGCAGCAGCGGCAUGGCCUGCUCCAUCUUCAUCCUCUUCAUGAUGCUGCUCUUCGUGAUCAUCACCAUCGCGCUCUUCCGCUGGCGCAUGAACGUCGGCCUGGCCAUGGUCAUGUUCUUCCUCUACUUCGUCUUCAUCGCCUGCAGCCUCAUACUCGAGUACGAAGUGGUGCGCUGCACGGACAUCAUCAACUACCUGAGGCUCCGAUGAAGGCUCCCGCAUUCCGCAUGCGCCCUCUCCCUCACUCACCACCUUCCUCAACUGUGCGCAAUGCGACGAGGGAAAGGGAAAACAAAGCAUGCGUCCUCCUCCGCCGCAAUGUGUCAGACGCUGCGUCUCGUUACACAAUUUUGGACGUGCCACACUGGGGAAACCAUCCGUCGCUCCCGCAGCAAUACAUGGGGGCGAAAGCCAUUCGGACCAGGAACAGCGUGUGCGAUGCUUGGACGAGCUCGUGCACCACUACGUGUGCCGUUGUGAACAGACGCGACUCGACGGGAGAAGAAAGAAAAUGGCGUCAUCGAUGACCGACCAAUCAUCGACCACGAUCGUCACAACGCAAACGUGUUCCUCAGACAGAACUUUGCCGGGCACGGGACUUCGCCUCAAAAGCUGCAAGCAUGGCUGCAAGGCAUCCAUUCGACUCUACGAAUGCGUUGGCUGCCGUAAGAUCGGUCUCCUUAAAAAGAACUGCGGCACAAUGUUAUUUCGUAAGGUGUUUUAAGUGCUGGUAAAAG